AUGAAGGUCUCCACAGUGCUUCUGUAUCUGCUGCUUGCAGCCACCGCCUUCAGCCCCCAGGUGCUCGCCCAGCCGGAUGCACUCAGUGCCCUAUUCACUUGCUGUUUCAUAUUUAACAAUAAGAAGAUCCCCUUGCGGAAGCUGGAGAGCUAUCGAAUCACCAGCAGCCACUGUCCCCGGGAAGCUGUCAUCUUCAGUACGAAAUUGGCCAAGGCUAUCUGCGCUGACCCAAAGGAGAAGUGGGUCCAGGAUUAUGUGAAACACCUCGAUCAAAAACCUCAUACCCUGAGGACUUGAACUCUUCAAGCCACACUAAGACCAAUCCAAGUAUGAGAAUCGAAUGACUGUUUAUUCUCCUCCAGCUUCCCCAGCUAGACCCUGGACUAAUUUUACUGUAGUUUCAAAUAGUGUGCUGUUUUGUGAUGCAAAAAAUGUACUAUGUCUUAAGUAAUAUUUAAUGUUAUUUGAAUUGUUGCUGGUUUGGGGCUUAUUUUGAAUACUGGGGAUCUUUUUUUUAAAGCAAGGCCUUGAGCCAGUUGCUUCCUGUCAUCAGCCGGGGUUCCAUUCCUUUUAAGCUGCAGGCAGCGGGUCUGUCUCCUGCCUAACUCCCUGGCUGAUGCAUGUGCCUACAAAUCAUGGAGAUGAAGGGCUACUGCAAUCCGGGGAGGAGAGGGCCUUGUGAAUGCAAGGUGCAGCUAAAUAUGUUAUUACAGAAAGGAGAAUGCCAUUCGUAAGAUUGUUGACUUUUUGCAGAAAGUACACCAUGUUUAAAAUCUC